CCUGAGACCACACCCCGGCGGCGGUCGGCCGGUGGGGCCGGUUUCUCCAGCUCGCUCUCCUCUGUCCCACCCAGGGGAGGCUCCAGCCCUGGGACUGCAUCGCCCUGCAACACUCGGCCCGAACCCUUCCUUGGUUUGCUGCACUAUGUCUGGGAGCACAAGCCCAGACUCUGACGCCUCUUUCUCAGAAUAGAGUCCUGGUCAAGGACUCGGCCAGCUAGCAUGGGGAGGAGCGCGGGGAAACUUUUCAUCUUACGGAACGUCCUUUCCCAACCGUUGGGGGAGGAUGGUUGCACCCGGAGCCUUUAGAUCCUGGCUGAUUAGGCUUUCUGAUCCAGCCCCGCGCUCCUGACCCGUUUUCCUGAGAAAAGGUGCUCAGGUCCCGCUUUCUUUCCUUGCCAUCCUUUCUUCCUAGGACAAGAUUCCAAGUAGCUGCAGCGUCAAUCAAUCAACUCUUGAACGUUCUUCUGGCUACGCCAACUGUUAAUUCCAGCAGGUAGACAGCAACAAUUUAAGGGGCGGCUCCUUGUAUAUAUAGCUUUCUGUUUGGGCUGUGGGCCAGCAAGCUCAAGCCAUGGUAACCAAGCUGACAAGUCUGCUUCUCUGAGGUUGUUUCUAACAACACCCCCCCCUGAGAGUCUAACCCAGAUUAUAAGAAGAGAUCUCUCUGGCUGUUCUCACUCAUUCAGAUCACUGUCACUCCUGAAGCAUCAUUUGGCAUACAACAUCAGAGCAAGAUGGGAAAAGCAGAUUUUAAAAUGAGGCAAAGCGGUUUGGGAGUGGGACAUUGGGGUCUGAACCAUAUGCGCGCUCAUUCAGCUAAGAAUACUGAGCACAAGAAGUUCAGGGGUCCCCUCCAAAAGCGUGAGUGUAUUUCAAUCCAUGUGGGUCAGGCUGGUGUGCAGAUUGGUAAUGCCUGUUGGGAGCUGUACUGCCUGGAGCAUGGCAUUCAACCUGAUGGGCAGAUGCCCAGUGACAAGACCAUUGGAGGGGGUGAUGACUCCUUCAAUACCUUCUUCAGUGAAACUGGGGCUGGCAAGCAUGUGCCUCGGGCUGUCUUUGUGGACUUGGAGCCCACAGUAAUUGAUGAGGUUCGAACUGGCACCUACCGCCAGCUUUUCCAUCCAGAGCAGCUCAUCACAGGCAAGGAAGAUGCUGCCAACAAUUAUGCACGAGGCCACUACACUAUCGGGAAAGAACUUAUUGACUUGGUACUAGAUCGUAUCCGAAAGCUGGCUGACCAAUGUACAGGACUCCAGGGUUUCCUCAUUUUCCAUAGCUUUGGGGGUGGCACCGGCUCUGGCUUCACCUCCCUGUUGAUGGAACGGCUCUCAGUAGACUAUGGCAAAAAGUCCAAGCUGGAGUUCUCUAUCUAUCCGGCGCCCCAAAUUUCUACAGCCGUGGUAGAGCCCUACAACUCCAUCCUGACCACCCACACCACCCUCGAGCACUCCGACUGUGCCUUCAUGGUGGACAAUGAGGCCAUCUAUGACAUCUGCCGCCGAAACCUGGACAUCGAACGUCCCACUUACACCAACCUCAAUCGUCUCAUAGGUCAGAUUGUUUCUUCUAUCACAGCUUCUCUGCGCUUUGAUGGCGCCCUUAAUGUAGACCUAACAGAGUUCCAGACCAACCUGGUGCCUUAUCCUAGAAUCCAUUUUCCCCUGGCCACAUAUGCACCUGUCAUCUCGGCCGAGAAGGCCUACCACGAGCAGCUCUCGGUGUCCGAGAUCACCAACGCCUGCUUUGAGCCGGCCAACCAGAUGGUGAAGUGCGACCCUCGUCAUGGCAAAUACAUGGCCUGCUGCCUCCUGUACCGUGGCGACGUGGUGCCCAAAGACGUCAAUGCUGCCAUCGCAACCAUCAAGACCAAGCGUACCAUUCAAUUUGUGGACUGGUGCCCCACUGGCUUCAAGGUUGGCAUCAACUACCAGCCGCCCACCGUGGUCCCUGGUGGGGACCUGGCCAAGGUGCAGCGGGCGGUGUGUAUGCUGAGCAACACAACCGCCAUUGCUGAAGCCUGGGCUCGCCUGGACCACAAGUUUGACCUGAUGUAUGCCAAGAGGGCGUUUGUGCACUGGUAUGUAGGUGAGGGUAUGGAGGAAGGAGAGUUCUCCGAGGCUCGGGAGGACAUGGCAGCCCUGGAGAAAGAUUACGAGGAGGUGGGCAUGGAUAGUUUGGAAGGGGAAGGGGAGGAAGAAGAGGGAGAGGAGUACUAAAUAAAGAACUUGGAAGCUUGUUUCAAAUAAAGUGUUUUAUUCUUA